AUGGAGUUUACUAUCUUUGCAGAGCAGAUCCGAUCCGGUCGCUCCGCUAAGUUCCCUGCCAAUGCGACCACUUUUGAAUUCGCCCAGGAACUUGACGCACAAGACAGUCUCAGGCACCUGCGCGAUGAGUUCAUCAUACCGACAAAGGGUUCCUUGAAGAAAAAGUCAUUGAAUGGCAUCCUUCCCAAUAAGCAAGCAUUAAAUGGCCAAGCAAACGGUAUCAACAGCAUUCAUUCAGCUAGCGAGUCAACAGAAAACGACGAAACCCCGUCAGUCUACUUUUGUGGCAACUCUUUGGGAGUUCCACCCAAGGCAGUCAAGGAGUACAUUCAUGCUCAAUUGGAGACCUGGGCCUCAAUUGGGGUAAACGGUCACUUUCGGGGACUCGAAAACUCCCCACUGGUGUGCUGGCAAGACAUGGCAGAGGAUGUAGCAAAGAAGAGUGCGCAAAUUGUCGGCGCUUUGCCUGAAGAGGUUGUUAUGAUGAACACCUUGACUGUCAAUUUGCAUUUCUUGAUGGCAAGCUUCUACCGACCAACAGACAAGAAGCACAAGAUUAUUCUUGAAUGGAGGCCAUUUCCCAGUGAUCAUUAUGUCAUCGAAUCUCAAAUCCAGUGGCAUGGCUUGGACCCAGCCAAGUCGAUGGUCCAGAUCCAACCCGAUGAGAACUUUUAUAUUUCUACGGAUUUGAUUUUGAAGACGAUCGAUGAGCACGCGGAAGAAACUGCCUUGAUCCUACUUCCCGGUAUUCAAUACUACAGUGGGCAACUUUUCGACAUGUCUCGCAUUACUGAAUACGCCCAGUCACAGGGCAUCAUCGUUGGCUGGGACCUUGCACACGCAGCUGGUAACGUGGAGUUGAAGCUUCAUGACUGGAAUGUCGACUUUGCUGCAUGGUGUACCUACAAAUACCAGAAUGCAGGACCAGGAUCCAUGGCUGGUGCUUUCGUGCACGAACGGCACGGAAAGGUUGACACAAGUAAGGGCAAGCCACAGUUCCGUCACCGACUCACAGGAUGGUACGGAGGCGAUAAAUCUGUACGAUUCAAUAUGGAUAACAAGUUCCUCCCUACCGUCGGUGCUGGUGGUUUUCAAGUAUCGAACCCUUCAGCGAUUGACUUAGCAUCGCUCUCAGGUGCUCUUUCUGUAUUCAGCAAGACGAACAUGACUGAACUGCGAACGAAGUCACUCGUUCUGACGGCGUACGCAGAGCACCUGUUAGACACCAUAUUGACAGACGACACGGGCAGUGAGUCAUCUUUCCGAAUUAUUACUCCAAGAAACGCACAUGAAAGAGGUGCUCAGCUCAGUAUCCUCUUGAGGGACGGCCUGCUGGACCGUGUUUCUGAGACUUUCGUCAGUGCAGGUGUUGUUUGUGACAAGCGGAAACCAGGUGUCAUUCGUGUUGCGCCGGUGCCUCUGUAUUGCACAUUUCAAGACGUAUGGAAAUUUAUGGACGCUUUCAGAAGAGCAAUUGUAUGA